AUGGGUGUUGUCGUUGCGGCUGUCCAUAGAAAGAGGAUGGACUGGGAUGUACUCUCCAUUCGCUUCUGUUAUGAACACCCGCGACUUGGAGGCAACCCCUUAGCUAUGCUGACGGCCCAGUGUAACAAAUUGGCCUCAAAGACACCCCCGCCCUUAGCCGACGCUGCCGUCGGGAAAGGCUUUCACCCCUGGAAGAAGGGGACGAUCGGUGGC